GCGCUGUAAACACAACUGACCACGUGAUCAAACCCGGAAAAACAGAACUGACAUAAACAGAAUAAAGUCCCGUGAGUUCGAACUAAAAACAACAUAUUCGGCUCUCUAUUGACUGUAUUUAAUUUACAGUAGAAGCGCCAGCAUGAGCCAGGCCUGCAGCAGGAAACUACAAACCGCAACAAGAGAAAAGCUCAGGAGACUGAACUCGCUGCGUGGUCGAGAAGUUUUACCGGGUGAGUUUUGGGAUGUCGUGGCUGUGACUGCUGUGGACGGGAGCCAGAGGGAAGCUUACGAGCUGCAGAUCAGAGAGAAGGUUGAGAGGAAAGAGCUUCCCGUCGGAGUUCAGUACAAGGUCUUCUCGGAUCCUCCUGGGUGCAAAAUAGGAAAUGGAGGCUCCACUCUGUAUGCUCUUCAGCACCUGAAUGACAUCUAUGGAAAAGCUCUGAGCAACAUGAGAGUCAUCCUGAUCCACGCAGGUGGCUUCAGCCAGCGAAUGCCCAGUGCCAGCGCUCUGGGAAAGAUCUUCAUGCCUUUACCGCUGGGGAACCCCAUCUACCAGAUGCUGGAGUUCAAACUGGCCAUGUAUGUGGAUUUCCCAUCACAAAUGAAGCCUGGCUUCUUGGUGACCUGUGCAGACGACAUCGAGCUCUACAGCAUACCAGAGGAGGAGAGAGUCAGCUUUGAUAAACCAGGCUUUACAGCUUUAGCCCACCCCUCCCCACUCUCUGUGGGAACCACCCAUGGCGUGUUUGUGUUGGAGCCGCGUGAACGUUCCUCGUAUCCGGAAAUGGAGAAUGCCUCCUGCCUGUGUUUUCUGCACAAGCCAAGCAUCGAUAAGAUGCGGGACAGUGGAGCUGUUUGCGCGAAUCAGAAUGGCCUGUUUUCCAUGUCUGACAUUGAGUUUGUCUACACAGACAGCACCUAUUAUAUGGACUUUAAGACUGCCAAGUCACUUCUGAACCUGCUGAAUGAGUUGGGUCCGUUGAACUGUGAGAUCGACGCAUACGGGGACUUUCUUCAAGCUCUGGGGCCGAAAGCCACAAUGGAGUACACCAAAAACACGGCUAAUGUCACCAAAGAGGAGAGCGGUCUGGUUGAAAUCCGACAAAAGAUCUUCCAUCUACUUAAAGGGACGCCCCUCAAUGUCAUUCUCCUCAACAACUCUAAGUUUUAUCACAUCGGGACCACCUCAGAGUACCUCUUCCACCUGACGGAGGACGAGGCGUUCAGGGGCGAGCUGGAUCUCCUGUCAUCUGCCUUCAGCGUAAAUGCCAAUGAAAACUUCUCUGGUUGCUGCAUCAUGUACAGUGUCCUUGAUCCCAGUUGCUCUGUGGAGGCUGGGUCAGUGGUGGAGUACUCCAGACUGGAAACAGGGGUGUCCGUGGGUGGGGGGUCCAUCAUCAGCAGCUGCUGGGUGAGUCCAGGCCUCUGUGUGCCUGCUGGGGCUUUCAUGCACACGUUAUGCGUUACCCACCAGAAACAAAUCAGUUUUGUUACCGUCUUCUUUGGUAUCGAGGACAAUUUAAAGCAAAGCGUGGCUUCUCCUACAUAUUUGGAGGAACUAAAGCUUUUUGGACUGGACCUUGCAAAGUGCCUGUCCCACUGGGGGAUGGAGAACGAACGCCUCAGAUUCUCAGGAGACGCGUCGAGCUGCAGUUUGUGGAACGCUUGCUUGUUUCCUGUUUGCUCCGAGCAGCAGAGCUCCUUCUCGGCGUCUCUCAGAAUGCUGCAGGCCAUCCUGAGUGGCUCCACAAGCCCCCCUCCCAGAGACGCAGCUCUGAUGUCGAUGCAGGACUGUUUACAGCGCAAGAACCUGGAGGAAAUGCUGAAGCUCAAGAGGAGGCUACAUCAUGACAUCAAUGUCCAGCUCGGCAUGUAAACAACCGUCGCUACAGACAUUGAAUUCAUUUAGAGCGUUUCGCUUUGUUGGUGAAAGUGAAUGUUUUGACAUUUUGUAACUUUUUUUUCCUUUUAAAACAACAGUUUCCAUAAAACCACAAUGUGAGUCAUGUUUUUUUUCUUACUUUUAUGUGUGGGUUUACAUUCAUUAAAUUGGAACAGUUCACAAUUGGAAUUGUGACAAACAAAUUUGGUUGAGGAUACUUUCGCUUUGUCAUCAUUAAUUUUAAUGGUCAUAACACAUUACUACUAUUGCACUAUCUGGUGCUGCUGGAACAUUUGCCAACCUAUUUGAAAUGUUCUGUUAAUUUCCCCCCCUUUCUGUGCCUGUUAUUAUCAAACGGCACAGAAAGGGCAUUUUUGUGAUAUAUUUUCUAAAUUGUCAUAGUACACCCCCACUAGCUGCUUCAUUAUACACUGCAGUCGAUGUUAUUCUGUGAGCAUUUCAGUAGAAUCAAGUCAUAAUGCUGUUAGAAAUUCAAACCUAUAAUAAAAAUGAAUACGAU